UGCGUUCUCCAUGUCCCAGGCACCACCUGCCGAGAGACACUGUGUGUCGUACCUUUGUCGCUACUUCCCCCAUACGUCGCCUUUCCGAUAAAGCACUAUUCGAGCGCUGCUCCGCGCGUAUCUCUGCUCCGCGAGCGUCUCCCUGGGCUCAACAACUAUGCAUUGGGUCGUCCAAUAGCUCCUACUCCGCGCUUCAACAACUGAGAUAUCGUCACGGGAACACCGGCGACGUCAACAACAACACCACCCACGGAGGAAAGGGAAGGAAAGGAAAGGAGACGGGCAGACGAAGUUAACCACCAAUAAUGAGCGACAUACGAGUCUUCGUCACAUUCCCAGGGUCGAACGCCGUUUUCGCCGGAGAGACGUUGGAAUGCAAGAUCACCUUCAAGAACACCGCUCAGAAGCCCAGCACAAGGGGACCGCCAUCUUCUUCGCAACUGAGCUCCCCCACCAGCAAUGGCUACGCCGUCGGAGGGCCACGGGUGCCGCUCGCUCCGCCGCUGCAUACCCGCUCCGAGCGGACGAGCCCGCGGCCGGCUUCAGCACGUCCACCCUCGGCCAACCCUAAGCCGACGAUCCAACAUACCGUUUCGACAGCGAAGUCGCCAGUAUUACCGUCCCAACCGCAAGGUACACCCAAUGUCCGUGCGAACCAGAAUCACAAGCACCAGCGAUCGAUUUCCAUCGUGUCGCUCAGUUCCGAUAUGGGGAGUGAAUGCGGGGGGCGAGGCCCAGGAACCAGAGAUGGAGUCUUACGGUCGCCGCCACCUCAGCAACGUCCGAGGGGACAUGGGAGGUCUGCAUCGCUGCAGAUAACUACGGGGAGACAGUCCUCCGUCACGAACGGAUCCAUUCCGCCUUCUGGUGCCUUAUUCGGGAGAGCUCCACAGAGCCCGCCGGAUCAUACAGCGCAAUCGACAAUGGGAGGAUUCUCAUUCCCGGUUAGAGGGUCAGCGCCCAGUGUCCCCGCGACACCGAUUUCGCCAGGAAGCCACGGGCGCUCAAAGUCCGUCAACAGAGCCUUUGAGUUCCCUCCUACACCGUCGCCGGGCACGGGCGAUCUCAUCGCGAUCCAUCUGAGCGGCGAAACUUCGCAAAUCGAGCUCAAAAGCCCGCUGGAAGACGAGCAACUGCAGGCUGCCCGGAUAAUAUCCGCGCAGAGCGUAUGCGGAGAGACACCGCGGUCCAGCGGGGAGUUCUACUCGAUGUCGAACAGCACGACGGAAACUCUGUUAUCCGAAUAUGACCCGAAAGGCCAGUCGCGACUCUUGCGACCUCACAACCGACGUCAUAGCUUAUUGUCGAUCGGACCCAAGGUGUCGGAAUCUUUGAUGAUGGGAUAUGCCCAUGUUAUUGGUUCUUUCACACUAGAUGGUUCCCUGAUACAAACGAGCAUUUUUGAAGACGUCAAGAGGAAGGGUGUUUUGGGUACGCAGAGCGGCGGCGGUGUGGUGGGGCUAGAGAAUAGCAAGAAUGAUGGCGGAUUUCUCAGUGGACUUGGAUGGGGAGGGCUAAGUGGCUUGCUCGGAGGCGGUGGCAUGAGCAGUAUCGCGGAGAUGAAGAAUACCGCCAGCACCAGAUCGGUACCAAUACUUUCAACACCACAGUCGAUUCUCUUUGUGGAUCUACGGUUAUCCCCGGGCGAGAGUAGAUCGUACAAGUUCAAGUUCACUUUACCAAAGGGCAUUCCACCGACCCACAGGGGUAAGGCGAUCAAGAUAACGUACAACCUCGUCCUGGGAACCCAGAGGCCCGGAAAGGGCGUCGUACAACCUACGAUAAUAGAAAUACCCUUCCGGGUCUUUCCUCACGUCAAUGGCAACGGAAGUUUGGACACACAUAACCUAAUGUCACCUGUUGUACUGCUGCGGGAUGAAGCAAAAUCUGAAUGCCUUGAUGAACCACGGUUACCCACACCAUCGGUGUCACACGGCAAGCGGGACAGGAAACAAGAGUCUUCACUGGACGAUUUCCUGUCGUACGUCGACAACCUGCUUGCUCCCCAGGACUCUAGUUACAAUGUCGCCGGCUCGCUCGGCCUCCUGUCGCCUUCGUUUGCACCUACCAACAAGCGAUUGUCGGUAUACGAGGACGUAUCGUCAACUCCCAGAGAUGCGGUAGAGAUGGCUUUGACGGGCGGUCAAGGCGCGAGCCCCUGCAGCAUCUUUGAAAUUGCAAGGAACGGCCAUCGCGUAGCAGCAAUCACUCUCGCUAGACCUGCAUAUAAACUCGGCGAGAGCUUGAUGGCGAUCAUCGACUUCACGGGAGCCAAAAUUCCCUGCUAUCAUAUUCACGCCAGUCUCGAGUCGUCGGAAAAAGUAGAUCCGUCCUUCGCGUUACGUUCCGCAUCGUCGAUACACCGCGCAACCCGGAAAAUCUACGCCCGACACUCGGAAUCCACACUCUUCGCGAACCGCAUCAUAUUCACACCUACCAUUCCGGUAUCGGCCACUCCCGAAUUCCACACCAGUGGAAUAUCCAACUCGUGGUUUUUACGAUUCGAGUUUAUCACCUCUGCCGUUUCAACACGGGUGCAGACCCGGUCUGACGGCUUGGUCGAUGACUUGUUGGAACAGACAUAUGCGGAUGAUCGUGGAGAACUGUAUGAACCACGCCAGGGUAUUCCCGUGGAAAGCUUCGAUGCUAGCAUUCCGGUCAAGAUAUAUCCGAAUGGCGCUGAUCCCGGUACUGCUGGAAGCGUCAUCGGUGUUCAGACCAAUGCUGCGGCGUCGGUGGGCUUCCCGGUCUAAUAUGAGAAAAUAUCUCGUUGUUUGCAUACAUGAUAGAAACCUCACAGUCUCUCCGUGGCCCGGGGGAGAUAUCUUGUCCCGUUUAUAACUGGCAUGGUGUUUUCUUCCUGGGUGUUUUCUCAUUCUCUUCG